AUGGACAAUGAUCUGAACAAUAUAAAGGUUCUUGUUAGGGUGAGACCAGUACUACCUAGAGAAUGCGAGGCUAUUGAAGAUUCUUCAACUCCUCAGUCGCUUGUGCAAAUGCCAUCCCCAGGCUGUACCACUAUACUAAAUCCAACCACCAAUGAAUCGAAACAAUACUACUUUGACGAGUGCGUUUGGUCGUUCCAACGUAAUGACCUCAAUUACGUGGAUAAUUACCAGUUCUACCGUAAAUCAGGUCCAGAUCUACUUACCCACUUAUUUGAAGGAUUCAAUGUAUGUUUACUCGCGUAUGGGCAAACCAGCUCGGGGAAAACUUACACUAUGAUGGGGGAUGAUGCACAGCCUGGUGUAAUUCCAUCCUUGAUUAAAGACAUCUUGAAGCAGAUUGAGAUUUCGAUAAAUCAAAAAGUGCAUUGCGAAUUGACGUUUUCAUACAUGGAAAUCUAUAAUGAACAGGUUGUCGAUUUACUAAACAAGAACCAAAAUGUAAAGUGCAAGAUUCGCGAAAACCCUCAAACAGGUCCAUAUGUUGAGCAUUUAAUGGAGGUAAAGAUUGACAAUUGUGCACACUUUGCAAACCUCUUGAAGUUAGGGAACAAGGUGAGGUCUACUGCGCCAACAUUGAUGAAUGAUGUGAGCUCCAGAUCCCAUGCAGUUAUUACUUUAACGCUACAUCAAACUAGGUAUGAAAGCAAAUCUGGGGAAGGUAUUGGAAAUGCAAGUGAGAAAAUGACUUCAAACAUCAAAUUAGUUGAUUUAGCUGGUUCCGAACGGUUGGCCAGGACGAAGGUGUUUGGUCAGCAACAAAGAAUGAAAGAGGGAGUCCUGAUUAACAAGUCCUUGACAGUAUUGGGCCGUUGCAUUAACUUACUAGCGCAAAAGAACAACAAGAUAGUGAUACCAUAUAGAGAUUCGAUUUUGACAUACAUCCUAAAAGAGAACCUUGCCGGUAAUUCAAAAACCUGUAUGUUAUUUUGCGUAUCUCCCUUGGAUUAUGACGAGACGAUACAGACGCUCAAUUAUGCCAAUGAGGUAAAGAAAAUCAAGACUUUGGCUAAAGCAAACAAAACAAAAUUGCCAACUGUGCCAGUAAAUUGGGAUAAUCUACAAAAUGCAGAUAAAAGUGUCAUUGAUUCACUCCGGAGUGAAGUGGAAAUGUUGACAAAUAAAUUGACAAGCCUAGAGUUGGAGCAUGCGAACCUGUCAACACUGUCAGAUUCGACGUUGGUGGAAAGCAAAGAGUCCACGAAUUUUAAAAACUUGAUGGAAUAUAUUGAAAGUGAGUCUACAAGGAUCAAGUUUGAAAACAAGUAUUUGAAACAACAAUUAGAAAAGAGGAAUAACAAAAUUAAUGAGCUACAAAAUCAAAUUGAUUAUAUAUACAGAUUUGAGAUUGAGAAAAUGAAGCAAGACAUGGCAAAGUCGAAGUUGAUUAAAGAGAUCGAGCACUGUCGCGAUGCUGUGGAUGCAGACUUGGCGCAUUUUGACCCUGCUCUGUUUUUAGCUCAGUAG